AUGGGCACGUCGGAAGGCGGAAAAGAGUGGGCUCACUACAAGGUCUUCACCGUACACGAAGCGGCCACCGCAUACCGCAUGAAUGUUGAUGCCUUUGGGUACCAGGGUUCCAUCAACGAACUGUUCAGUUACCAUGACAACUUUAAAAUUUCGACCUUUGACCGCGACAACGAUGCAAAUGCCGAGCACUGCUGCGAUAAGUCUCUGAACGGGGGUGGGUGGUGGUACAAUAGUUUUUACAGGCUCGGAAACGUGAAUGGUGUGUAUGGAAAGCGGGAAAAGGGCGGUAUUGGAUAUCGGGACAGUAAAAACGUACCAAUUAAAAAUGUUACCGUUAAGAUUCGCCCCAUGAAAAGGACGUGUGGACACGUGUACUAA